GAGAAUUUCUCGAUAAUAGGUACCAAAAUUACAUGAUUUUACGAUCACUUAAAAAAUCUGAGCUUAGGCUGUUCAGUCAUCUGCUUUGUUUUGUGUGGCUGCCUCUCCUCCACGCACAGGGGAAGCUGGAAAGAGAAAAGCGGCCGGAGAAAGAAUGGCCACCGUCGCCGGGAGAAGUUUUUACCUCCCCACAACGCCAAAACCACCUAACAGAGACUUGUUAGCAACAUUACCCCCGAGUAAAAUACUGUACCAGUACCACCGCACAAAGCUAUUGCCUUUGUCCAUGAGUUAUUCCAGAAAUCCUAAGCAAGACGAUGAAACGCUAAAGGAAAAUGGGUCUUCUGCUCAUCCUGAUGACGAUGGCGUCUCCAUCGUCUCCUCAACUGUUCAAGAUUCUGGCUCAUUUCUUUCUAAAGGAGGGGGUGGUUGCAAGGGGUGUGGUAGAGAAGUGGCAGAGAGAGGUUGCAAUGAGGAGGGAAGGAUUCAAGGAGGGAUAGCAGCAGUGCCCGGGUUUGGUUGGUGGCCAAUAAAGGCAUUCCGCCCUUGCCCUUCAUUUUUGGCCUCCGGUGGAAAGUAUAGGCGAGUUGGACAAAGCAUGGAUGAAGUGAUCUCUGGAAGAGCAGUAACAAGAAAGUAGCUAAAGAUGGUUGGUUGUGGAACCGCGAUGUCAUCCAGUACUACUCACUCAGUCUAUGAACUCAACUCGAAUUGUGGAAACUGAAAAGUAUGACUGUUGUAUGAAAUGUUUGAAGUGAAGAUGUGAGAAUGUUAUGCAAUGAUGCAGCAUGAAUUAGCAAAAAGGAAACCAGUAAUCAUCUUUCAAAUUAUUAUCUGUAUUUGUAGUUUUGUACCUUGUAUCUUAUUUAAGCUUAUACGAUAGUAUUUUCUUAGCAAUGUAAUCAGUAAUGUGUAGUUUGACCUGACAGCUUUCGAUUUUGGCCUGAUUUGUUAUUGUAGUCCAG